AGAAAUAAGUUACAAGUAAGUUAUAUCAAUAAAAACAAAUUUUCGACGACUGAACUGUCAAAUUUCGUUUAUUAGUUCACAACGUUUGAAUGAAUUAGAGAAGAAUGAUUCCUUGAGUUUCUUGAAUACGACUGUACAUAGGGAUAGUGGUAUGCUUUAUACUAAUUGGUAUCGCAAACCAAAUUUUUCGGACAGUAGGUUCCAUGAAGUGAAUAUCAAUAUUGUAAAGAGCAUCCUUAUUAAUAAUUGUUAUCCAAUUGAUUUAAUUGAAAGAGUGAUUAAACAGUGCCUUGACACUCUAAGGUUUCGUAAGAACAACAAUGAAGAGACAUCACAAUCUACUCGGUAUAAACAUUUUAUUACAAUUCCUUUUUGCAAGUCAUACAGUGAUGACAUUAAUAGAAUUCUACGUAAUUCUGGUAUUGGUGUUGCACAUUCGGUGCCUAAGAAACUUAAUUGUAUUAUACGUAAAGGCAAGGAUAAAUUACUGCCGUGUAAGCAAACUAAUUUGGUUUACCAUAUAAAUUGUAACGAAUGUAAUGCUGUGUAUGUAGGGCAGACCAAGAGGUGGCUAGAAACCAGAGUUGGUGAACAUAGACAGAAUAUUAAGUGUUCGUUUCAGCAUUUCUCAGUGGUUUCUGAGCAUCGUCUUUCACUUAACCACGAAUUUGAUUGGUCUAGCCCUGAAAUUUUACAUAAGGAAACGCAUUGGCGUAAGCGAAACAUUGCUGAGAUGUUUUUUAUUAAAAAAUCAUUUAGCGCAAUUAAUCUUCAGACUGAUACUGAAAAUUUGUCCACUAUAGUCUUAUUUUUGAUCCGAGACAAUAGAGUAACCUUGACAUGAGACCAUCUCGUGUUUGUCUGUGUUCGUUAUUCCGCCAGUAUCAUUCGUUUGAUACGGACGUGUUGGUAGCAUGUUCCAAGACUUCAAAUGGUCUUUGUAAAUUUCAAUUUAUUUGUAAGUAAAUUAUUCUUUUUACGAAUUUUCGUUGUAAAAUUGAGAGUAAAUUAAUUAAGUUUGUGUGGUUUUCUGUAACACCGUAUGUAUUUUUUGUAGCUUUCACUUGAAAAGGACCACACCCCAUAUGGUCGAAACGUUGUGAACUAAUAAACGAAAUUUGCCAGUUCAGUCGUCGAAAAUUUGUUUUUAUUGAAAUUUCUUAUUACUGGCGUACACAAUUAUAAUUUGUAAGUUAUAUCAAUGCAAGAUAUAACUUGCUUAAAAAACAUUUGUA